AUGAGCUAAUUUACAUUUAUGAAGAAGUACACAUAAAAAUAAUCAUCUGAAACUAAAAUACACUGUGAACCUUUAAUUACUUUGACUAUUGAACUUGAAGAUAAUAAAUAUAGUCAAAUUGACAUAUAUGAAGAUUCUAAUCCAGAAAUAUUAGCAUCUAGUUUUGUUACAGACAAUUACUUAAGUAUGGCUUAUAUUGAACCACUCAAAUAAAAUAUUAUUCAAUAAAUGUUGAUGUAUGAUUAAAUGAAAGUAAUUAAAUCCAUUAAAACUAUAGAAAUAAGAAAAAGAGAAGUAACCUCUUUCAUAAUGGGAAACUGUUAAAAAAUAAUAAUAAAAUAAGGAAAAUUAAUAAUCAACACCAACUCGUAAUUUAAAUACAAAACGAUAUACUCCUGAAAAAUCCAUAUAAACUAAUUUAAAAUCAGAAAGAAAUCUAUCAAGAAAUAAAAGGUUUUAAACUGAUGAUAUGAAUAUUCAUGAAAGACUUUAUUAAUAAGCUAAAUAAAUUAAUAAUUUCAAAUAAUAAAAAAGAGAAUAUGAAUAAUUAUAAAAGCAAAAAGAUCCAAAUCUCACAUUUAAACCUAAAAUUAAUAACAAUUAUUAAACUAAUAAGAGUAAAAGUCCACAAUCUAAUUAAAAAUAAUUUUACAUUUAGCCAAAUCAAUAAAAGCAAGUUUAAUUAAAAAGUCCUAGACUCAAUUAAUUAUAUUAAAAUAAAUCAUUUGAGUUUUUAUUACCAAAAAAAGAAGUUAAAAUUUCUAUUCUCGAAAAUGAAGAAAGUGUAACUUAGUUACCUAAAACAUAAGAUUCUCCAAAUGUAUCAUUUUCUGAGGAGAGUUAGUUUAAAAAUGAUAGUCCUUAUACUUCAGCAUAAGAAGAAAAUUCAUUAUAUUAAGCAACUAAAGAUUCAGAUGAAAGAAUAAUAGCAAAAUUAUUUACAUUAAUUGAAUCAAAUAAUUUAGUUGAUGCUCGUAAUAUUCCAUAUGAAAAAUUUAAUUAUUAACUAAUUGUUGAAAUUAGAUUACAUUUUCAAAAAAAUGAUUUUAAAAUAAUGAAUUUUGAAGAAUUCUGUUAAAGUUUAUUGAAAAAUACAAAACUAAUUAAAGUAAUUAUUCUAUUAUUUUUUAGCUAGCUGCUGAUUUUUUUAAAUUUGAGAAUGUUCAAUAUUAAAAUACUUGUUAUCGUUAUUGA